UGUCUAAUCGUGUACUUCGUCUGGUUUUUUAAAAGCCUCUCCCUUUGGUCUUUUCGUUUUCUCUUCCAUUUCGCCGACGAGAGAAAAAAAGUGAGAGAUAAAAUCUGUGUGAUGGAAGAGGCUGCUCUUGAGUUUGUGAUUUUACUUUUCAAGUUUAUUUGAUGAAGAAGGGAUGGUGGUGAGAUGGGAAGCAGUGAUGUGUGGAGGAGCAGGAAAUGAAGGAGAGGCAACGUUGGAGUGGUGAAGAAGAUGCAUUGUUACGCGCGUACGUGAGACAGUUUGGUCCAAGAGAAUGGCAUCUUGUCUCUGAGCGUAUGAACAAACCUUUGAACCGUGACGCCAAGUCUUGUCUAGAGCGAUGGAAGAACUAUCUUAAGCCAGGGAUCAAGAAAGGAUCUUUGACCGAGGAAGAGCAGAGACUUGUGAUCCGUCUCCAAGAGAAACACGGCAAUAAGUGGAAGAAGAUCGCUGCCGAGGUUCCCGGGAGGACGGCCAAACGGUUAGGGAAGUGGUGGGAAGUGUUUAAGGAGAAGCAACAGAGAGAAGAGAAAGAGAGUAACAAGAGAGUUGAGCCUAUUGACGAGAGCAAGUACGAUCGGAUUCUCGAGAGUUUCGCUGAGAAGCUUGUGAAAGAACGUUCCAACGUUAACGUUGGCUCUGUUUCAGUUCCUGCUGCUGCGUCUAUGGCUAGUACAAAUGGAGGGUUUCUACAUUCUGAUCAAGCUCCUCCUCCUCCUAACCCUGUGAUCCCGCCUUGGUUAGCUACUUCGAACAAUGGGAACAAUGUUGUUGUAAGACCUCCCUCCGUGACUCUCACCUUAUCACCAUCCUCCGUGGCUGCAGCUGCGCCUCAACCACCUAUUCCAUGGCUGCAGCAACAGCCCGAGAGAGGAGGAGUGGCAGAGAGCGGCCAGGCGGGUCUUGUGUUAGGGAGUAUGAUACCGUCUUGUAGCGGUAGUAGUGAGAAUGUGUUCUUGUCAGAGCUUGUGGAGUGUUGUAGAGAGUUGGAGGAAGGGCAUCGAGCUUGGGCGGAGCAUAAGAAAGAGGCGGCGUGGAGGCUGAGGAGGUUGGAGCUUCAGCUAGAGUCUGAGAAGACUUGUAGACAAAGGGAGAAGAUGGAGGAGAUUGAGGCAAAGAUGAAAGCUCUGAGGGAAGAGCAGAAGAACGCAAUGGAGAAGAUCGAAGGAGAGUAUAGAGAACAGCUCGUUGGUUUGAGGAGAGACGCCGAGACCAAGGAACAGAAACUGGCUGAUCAAUGGACCUCUAAGCAUAUCAGGCUCACCAAGUUUCUUGAACAACACAUGGGUUGCAGGUAGAGGCUUAUAGACCGGCCCUUAACCAAACCAUGAAAACACCUACUAAGAUCUCCUCUCGAGUUUGUUGUAUCGUGUAAUGUAAGCUUUUUGUUUUGGCUUGUUUUUUUCUUUCUUUCUGUAAUCAUUUGGUGUCUCCCACGUUAAUCAGACUUUUGGGUUCCUUUACUCAGCUUUUAUUGAAUGUGUUGUUGGUUUAUCUUCUUUUA